AUGAAAGUACCUCGCAAUGAUCUUAUUGCCAUGGAACAAUCAACUAUGAAUGUACAACAAAGAACGAUGUAUCGGCCCCAACAAGAUGUUCUCACUUUUCGAAUCUAUAUUCGAACUUUCUGGAUGGAUUAUCUUGUCUUAGUUAUAUUAGGUAUUAUUGGCAUUGAGGCAAAUAUGCUUCGACCGAUUCCCAACCGUCUCUUUCCCAUCUAUUUUCGCAAUGGUGAAAUUGUUAAUCCAGAGUUUACGUAUCCUCUCGAGAAAAAUAUCAUUCCAACAUGGUUAUCUGGUUUGUUGGCAUUUCUUAUCCCGUUUAUAUUUAUAAUGUUAAUGCAAAUACGUAUACGAAGUUUUAAUGACGUUAAUGCAGCUACGAUGGGUCUAUUAUACGCAAUAGUAUCUGGAGCUGCUUUUCAAGUACUUAUUAAAUGGUUGAUUGGCGGUUUCAGACCACAUUUUCUUUCCGUUUGCAAACCAAAUAUUAAUGCAGCAAGUAUCGGCAAAGGAAAAGGCUUCGAUGGUCUUCUAUUUGAUCGAUCUAUAUGUACAGGUAAUGAAAAAGAUAUUAAUUUUGCAUUACAGUCAAUGCCAUCGGGGCAUUCAACUGCGGCGUUCGCUAGUCUUGUUUAUUGCUCAUUGUAUCUCAACGCAAAACUGAAAAUUUUCGCUAAUUAUCGACCACAAUAUUGGAAAUUCGUUCUCUUCUAUGCUCCACUUCUCGGUGCUGUUCUUAUUGCUGCAUCUUUGACGAUAGAUCAUUACCACAAUUGGUAUGAUGUUCUAGCUGGCUCAAUCAUCGGAACGAUGUUUGCUUUUGGAUCAUACCGUUUCCAGUAUGCAAGUGUUUGGGACUAUCGUUUCAAUCACAUUCCAUUGCCGAGAGUCGACGCUGAACACGGCUUUGAUUAUCAUCUUGAUCAUUUAGAAGAGUCGUUGAGUGGAUCGAGAAAAGGCGGAUGGCGAAACGGACAAAUUCAUGGUGCGCCAUUUGAUGCAACAGCGACAUUACCAAUUUGA